AUCAUGGCAAAGACGUUUUACUCAUUAAUAGAAAUCGUUAACAAUCCGUAUCUGUUGAAUUUCGAUUCCUGUCAUUACCAGUCCACACAUCUGGAGAAUAUAUGGCAAUCCUUUUCUUAGGCUGAUCGAGAUAGUCAUGUAGGACUGCUUUUUCCUGCUCUCUGGAACUGGGUCUUGAUGUUUCUCCAGCCACUUGAAAAGAACUUAUAAUGGCAAAAGACAUCCUAGGAGAGGCAGGCCUCCACUUUGACGAGCUGAACAAAUUGAGGGUUUUGGAUCCAGAGGUGGCCCAACAAACCACAGAGCUGAAAGAGGAAUGCAGACUGUUUGUAGACAAAAUUGCCGAAUUUAAAAAAAUAGUGGGCAACCUGAUUGAACUGGUAGAUCAGCUUGCAAAAGCCACAGAAAAUGAGAAGAUCAAGGCAAUCGGGGCCCGUAACUUACUGAAGUCCAUAGCAAAGCAAAGAGAGGCCCAACAGCAACAACUCCAAGCAUUGAUCGCCGAGAAGAAGACGCAGUUGGAAAGGUACCGAGUGGAGUAUCAAACACUGUGCAAAAUAGAAGCGGACCAGAAUGAAUUCAUCGACCAGUUUAUCUUCCAGAAGUAGACCAAGAACUGAUGGCAACCAGCAGACCAAGAGAACUUGACCCAUUCCUGUUGUUCCAAAGCAGGCAAUUCAGACCGGCUGUGAAAGCAUCGACUGAGGACACACCUUCCAAGAUCUCCUCUCCAAUCCGAAGAGUUUUCAUUGUCCCCAAGCAACCUGCCCUGGGGUUGGGGAUAACAAAAAUAACACGAUUGGCAGGUUCCAUGGGAAGAUGUUUGUGAUUGGAUGUGCUUCCAAAGGAUGAGAAGGAAGGAGCAAUUCUUGUAUUUAAGUCUUCUCUUUUUUUUUUAGCAGCUGUUUAUAAUGAGAGUUUACAUCACUAAACAGUAUUUUUCACUGGGUUUGUGCAUCUUCCCCACUUUUUAAGAAAAUAAAAUGCUUUUGAGGAACAAUUAAGUAUCUUUUGA